CAUCCCCUCUUGCUUCCUCGGCCGUCUUCCCCUCGAGAGCUGGAGCUCCAUUGAUUGUCGCUCUCUAGCCCUGGUCGUAUCACACUCUGUCCUUCCUUUGCCCCCCCCAUUCAUGCCUUGAUCGGUCGCACUGCAUACACCUCGCGACACGGAUUCGUGAUGAAUGGCUUCUCAGCGCACGGCCUCGACGAGGAUGCGUUCGGCGAAAAGUCUGAGCUGCAGGGCGGCCUGAAGACUUUUGAUGCUUUCCCCAAAACAAAACCCUCAUACACUGCGCCUUCCAGCCGCGGAGGACAAUGGACUGUCCUCAUCCUCCUCGUCUGCACCGUUUUCUCCUUCUCAGAAUUCCGCACCUGGCUCCGAGGAACCGAGAACCACCACUUCAGCGUCGAGAAGGGCGUCGGCCACGACCUGCAACUGAACCUCGACGUCGUCAUUCACAUGCCCUGUGACACUCUCGAUGUCAACAUCCAGGAUGCCUCCGGCGAUCGAAUCCUCGCCGGCGAGCUGCUCCAACGCGAACGCACCAGCUGGCAACUCUGGAUGGACAAGCGCAACCGCGAGACCCACGGCGGCGCCCAUGAAUACCAAACCCUCAGCCAGGAGGACACCGACCGGAUCUCUGCGCGGGAGGCCGACGCCAACGUUCACCACGUCCUCGGCGAAGUGCGGAAGAACCCGCGCAAGAAGUUCCCCAAGGGCCCGAAAUUGAGACGCGGUGACAAGGUCGAUUCGUGUCGCAUCUACGGCAGCUUGGAGGGCAACAAAGUCCAGGGUGAUUUCCAUAUCACGGCCCGGGGCCAUGGAUAUCGCGAUCUCGGAGAACAUCUGGACCAUGGUGUCUUCAACUUCACCCACAUGGUCACCGAACUCUCCUUCGGCCCUCACUACCCUACCCUCCUCAACCCACUCGACAAGACCAUCGCCUCCACCGAACUCCACUACUACAAAUACCAGUACUUCCUCUCCGUCGUCCCAACCAUCUAUUCCAAGGGCAGCCAUGCUCUCGACACCUACGCCAACGCCCCACCCUCGCAACUCACCCAUCGCAACAACAAGAACCUCGUCUUCACCAACCAAUACGCCGCCACCAGCCAGGGCAGCCAACUCCCCGAAAGCCCCAUGUUCGUCCCCGGCAUCUUCUUCAAGUACAACAUCGAGCCCGUCCUGCUCAUGAUCAGCGAAGAACGCACCAGCUUCCUCUCCUUGCUCAUUCGUCUCGUUAACACCGUCUCCGGUGUCAUGGUUACCGGCGGCUGGGUGUAUCAGAUCUCCGGCUGGGUUGGGGACUUGGUGAACCGGAAACGUGGCAGAGGUAAAUCGGAGGGUGUGCUUACAGGAAAGCAUGAUGACUAGGUAAAAUAUCAUCAGUAUCUUCUUCUUUUUCCCUCCCUCGACUCCAUCUCCGCCCUUUAGAUAGAGCCGAUGACGUGGUGAGGGGAUCAGAUAGAUAAGAUAGGUGUCCUGCGUUACAUAUAUUUUUUUUCUUGGGCUAUACUACUAUGUUUUACAUCUCUGGGUUUAGGUGCUGGUGUUAGAAUUAUUCAUUCAUUGCCGUG